CUAAAGCCUUACACUGUGCGGUGCGAGGCGGGACUAAAGCCGCAGACUAAAGAAAAGGAUCGGAGAGACUGAUGGAAGCUUGGGAACGCACCGCUGAAAAAGGCGCUAGAAGGACGGCUAGGAGAGUGGCGGGCUAGCGGCUAGCAGCGGAGAAGUUGUCACCAAGCAGCGGUGAAAAGUGGGAUUUGAUGGCAGUCUAGCAGGACUGGAGACCCGGCGGAGGAAGUCAAGACUCAGGACACCGAGGAGCCAUGUCCACCACCACCUCUCUGCCACUGCCCAAGCAGGACGAGGAGGAGGAGGAGGAGGAGGAGGAGGAGGAGGAGGAGGAGCAAGGGGAGGAGUUUGUGUUUGACGACAGCGAAGGCGAGGAGACGCGCCAGGAGGGCGGCGAAGGGCUUGGCAGCGGUGGCGUCUUCGUGCAACCGGGGUCCAAAGCAGCGUCACAAGCUGUGCCAGACGUCACACAACAGGAAGGAGGUGCCCGCAAGGAAGCGUCCAUUUCCACCCAAGAUGUUCCAGUGGGAGAGUCAGCCAGCGGCGGAGCCUCAGAAGGACUCCAGUCCAGUGCCUCGGCUCCGCGUGAGGGGGAGGUGCUUCUAACCGGUCCUGCGAGGCCAUCGGCGCGAGACGGCGGCACAGAAACCGCGCAGGAACGCCCGGACGUCCCUGAAGCAUCAAAUGAAAGCGAAACUAACUCCAGGACUGAAGACUCCUCAGAGGUCAUCUAUGAUGACGUUCCCUGUGAGGAGGCCCUCUCCCCUGACGAUGACACACUUUAUGAGGACGUGCAGAGGGACUCUGGACUUCCUGUUGCAGGCAACGGGUGGAGCUCCAGCGAGUUUGAGAGCUACGACGAGCAGUCUGAUGGCGAGAGCAAAGUGCCGACACGCAGCAAGCUCUCUCCUGAGGUGCGGCGGCUGAGGGAACGCUGUGCCAAGACCAAGCGUGAGCUGGCCAUGAAGCUGUCUGGCAAGCACCACUAUGACAUCAAGGUGCAGCAGCUCAUGAAGGCGGCGAGGAGCGGAACCAAGGAUGGGCUGGAGAAGACCAGAAUAGCCGUCAUGCGUAAAGUUUCCUUCCUCCAGCGGAAAGACACCAUCGAAGAGGAGGACGACGCAGGCUACCUGGAAGUGGCCGUGUCAGACGUGAAGCACCCUCCCCCGCAGCUGAGCGCCAUGCCAGAGGGACUGACCAGCCACCAGGUUGUCCGGCGCCACAUCCUGAGCUCCGUCAUCCAGAGCGAGCGCAGCUACCUGGAGUCCCUGCGCAGGAUCCUGCAGGAAUACCACAGACCUCUGCUGGAGGCCGAGCCGCGCAUCCUGAGUCCACGGAAGAUCCGGCCCAUUUUCCACCGAGUCCGGGAGAUCACGCAGUGCCACGCCAUGUUUCAGAUCGCGCUGGCGUCGCGUGUGGCCGAAUGGGACAGCUGCGAGACGAUCGGAGACUUGUUCGUGGCCUCGUUCUCCAAGUCCAUGGUGCUGGAUGUGUACAGCGACUACGUCAACAACUUCACCAACGCCAUGGCUCUCAUUAAGAAGGCCUGCCUGUCCAAACCGGCCUUUCUUGAAUUCCUAAAGAAGAAGCAGGCGUCCAGUGCGGACCGCAUCACUCUCUACGGCCUGAUGGUGAAGCCCAUCCAGCGCUUCCCCCAGUUCAUUCUGCUGCUGCAGGACAUGCUGAAGAACACACCUAAGGGCCACGUGGACCGCCUGCCCCUGCAGCUGGCCCUCACCGAGCUGGAGACCUUGGCGGAGAAGCUCAACGAGCAGAAGCGAGUCGCCGACCAGAUCGCGGAGACUCAGCAGUUGGCUCGCAGUGUCAGCGAUCGUCUGCUCAGCAAGCAGCUGAACCUGGACCAGGGGUCUCUGGUCCAGUGCGAGACGCUCAUUGAGACUGUGUACGGCGACCGGGGACAAGUCCUCAAAUCCAAGGAGCGCAAGGUCUUCCUCUUCGACGACGUCCUCAUCUGCGCCAACAUAAACGUCAAGGGGUCGCCAGAUAUCAGCAGCCUGGUCCCGGUGGGACCCAAGUACACCAUGAAGUGGAGCGCCCCCUUGCAGCAGGUGCAGGUGGUGGAGGUGGGUCAGGAGGCCUGCCAGAGCAAAGACGUGGUCUUCCAGCCCAGCAGCAGCGGCGCAAGGCGGCCAAGCGUGGCCCACGCCUCAGGUAAAUCCAUUUUGGGUCCUCCACGGCUUUACCAGGAACUGCAGGAGCUCCAGCAUGACCUUUGUGUGGUGGAGGAUGUGACGCUCCUGGUGGGAACUCUGCAGGGGACCUACCAGAACCUGAACACCACAGUGGCCCAGGACUGGUGCUUGGCUCUGCAGAGGUUCAUCCAUAUCAAAGAGGAGCAGAUCCAGAGUGCCAACAAAUGCCGCUUACGCCUGCAGGUGCCCGGCAGACCCGACAAGUCCGGUCGCCCUGUGAGCUUCAUGGUGGUCUUCAACACUCCCAACCCCCUCAGCAAGAUCUCCUGGGUCAACAGGAUGCACUUGGCCAAGAUUGCACAACGGGAGGAGAACUCUCCAGGCUGGCUGUAUGGCGAGCACGAGGAGAAGACCACGGCUCCUUUUUGGUGUCCGCUGCUGGCCAGUCGCAUGCCUGUGUUUGCCACCAAGUCCCCUGAGAGAAAGCUUGAAGCUGCCAUCCACAAUCCUGUUCAGUGUGCAAUGUUGGGCUUCUCUGCGGCCAGCACCUCCUUACCUCAAGGCUUUCUCUGGGUGGCAGGCGGUGGAGAAGCCUCCCAGGGCCACGUGGAGAUCUUCUCCCUCAACAGACCUGUGCUGAGGGCAGUGAAGAGCCUGCAAGUAGGAUCGGCCAUCCGGUGUCUGGAAUAUGUGCCGGAAUGUUCUCUGACCGAGGAGACAGAGCCUGGAGAGCCCAAGGCCACGCCGGGGAACGGUGCCAACAUCUGCGUGGGGUUGGACGACGGACGAAUUCUGGUCUACGGCAGCGUGGACACGGCAGCUCAAAGCCUCCUGACCCUCAGUAACCCCGAGGGUUGCCCCGUCAUGUGUCUGAAACACUCGCCUAACUUCCUGUUUGCCGGUCUUCGCAACGGAACCAUGAUGGUUUACGGGAGAAAAGACAGCGAUGACCUUUGGGACCCGGACUCCUGCAGAAAUGUGAACCUGGGUUCACAGCCGGUUCGGACCCUGUUGGUACUGGACGACUCGGUGUGGGCGAGCUGCGGGAACUCCGUCACCGUGGUGGACGUCUCCAGCCUCAGCACUCAGACGUUUGAGGUCCACCCAGACCCGAUGGUGAGCGUGGCACACGUGGCGUGCGCGGGCGGCGGCGUGUGGAUGGCGUUCUCGGAGGGCUCGUCCAUCCGUCUCUUCCACACCGAGACGCUGGAGCUCCUGCAGGAAAUCAACAUAUCGCCGCGCUCCACCGUGCUCAACAUGGGCCAGGAGAGCAUGCGAGUCACCAGCCUGCUCAUCUGUCAAGGACUCCUGUGGGUGGGCACCGCCCAGGGUGUGGUCAUCACCCUGCCCGUUCCUAAAUUGGAAGGAAUCCCCAAGAUAACGGGAAAGGGAAUGGUCUCCCUAAACGGCCACUGCGGGCCCGUGGACUUCCUGGUGGCCACGAGCAGCACCCUGUCACCUGACCUCCUGAAGAGGGACUCUGUGGGGGACGGUCUGGACUCGGCCUGCGGGGGCGAGGAGCACAGCGACACUUCCUCGCAGGAAUCCCUGCAGCAGUCCAGCGAGGCCCGGGGCAAAGGUCGCGGCGUCCUCCUGCGCUACAAGCUGCGCUCCACGUCGGGGCUGCCCGGCCAGCCGCUGACGGCCGCGCCCGGCGACGAGGCGUCGGACUCGUCCCUGGAGUCCUUGGAACACAGCGUGGAAGACGGCUCCAUAUACGAGCUCAGCGACGACCCCGAGAUGUGGGUGCGGGGUCGGCCUUCCGAGAAGGACGGGCGGAGCAAAGACCGGGUGGUCUCUGCCGCCAUCAUCUCCGGGGGAAAAGGCUUCCGGCGGCUGAGAGAAGGAGCGCCCGCCGCCGCCGCCGGUGCUCGGACCAGCGGGGAGGCUUUGGAGAACCUUCUCCUGGUGUGGCAGCUCCCGCUGACCGUGUAGCUCGGAAGGUCCACAUCAUCCGUGCCAAACAAAAUCCUCCUUUCCUUGUUUUGUUCCACAGCUCGUCAACGCCUCUUACAGGACCGGAGUGGACCGGUACCAGUCUUGGCGGGCCUGGACUCGCCCUCAUGCACUUUGAAUGAAAAGACAAACUAACUCGCGGUACCGCUCCAGGAAGGAGUCCUCACCCCCGCCUUGACCUUGGACUUGGUCUGGAACGUCAAGACUGUCUCUCCGCUCAAUGUGAACGCCCAAGACGGACGCCGGAGCCGGAGGUGACCACACUUAAAACCUAACUUUCUUGCACAUCUUCUUUUUUUUUGGGGGGGGUAACUAAAGUUUUCCUUUUUUUUAACAUGACUUCUAGAAAGGUUCCAGCACUUCUUUUUAUCGUCCGGCUAAUAAAUGUUGUUUUAGGGCUACACUGAAAAUACUCAUUUUCUUCAGGAAUAAAGUUGAUUUUAACAAGU